AAGAGAGAGACACAUAAGGGGCUGAGUAGGAAUAAAGGGAAGGCAAUGGGUGCAUUGGGGAAUUGUUCUGUUGUUUUUCUUUUGUGCUUUUUUUCUUCUUUUGCUCUCGCAAUCGGUUUCCACCAAGGCGUAGGGGACGAGGAUCAAGUGAUCGCCAUGGCUACUCUGGGAGGUGUUCGUGAUGUGGAGAAUAAUCAGAACAGCGUUGAGAUCGAGGAGCUUGCCCGCUUCGCUGUCCACGAGCACAACAAGAAGGAGAAUGCUCUGCUGGAGUUUGCUCGUGUGGUGAAGGCCAAGGAGCAGGUGGUAGCGGGAACUCUUCAUCAUCUCACUUUGGAGGCGAUCGAUGCUGGGAUUAAAAAGCUCUACGAGGCAAAGGUGUGGACGAAACCAUGGCUUAAUCAUAAGGAGCUGCAGGAAUUCAAGCAUACUGGGGAUGGAGAAUCGGCCAGCUUCACCUCGGCUGACCUUGGUGCCAAGCGAGAUGGCCAUGAAACUGGAUGGAGGGCUGUUCCUACCAAUGAUCCUGUUGUCCAGGCUGCAGCAAACCAUGCUGUGACGGCCAUCAAUAAUAUGUGCGAUUGUAUUGUUACACUUGAGCUGCUUGAGAUUCAACAUGCAAAAGCUGCGGUGAUUGAAGACUUUGCUAAGUUCGAUUUACUGCUUAGACUGAGGAGAGGAUGGAAGGAGGAGAAAUACAAGGUGGAAGUUCACAAAAAUGUGGAAGGGAUUUUUAGUCUGAAGCUUUAGCUCCUUUGUCUUUGUUGUUGUUAGUAGCAGAUAGUUACUUAUGAGCUGUUUAGUAACUAAUCACAAACUUAAUGGUGGUGUUUUCUUUUUCUUAUUUGGAGUUUAAAUACUUGUUUCAUGCAUGGCUAUGAUUACCGUGAAAGUACUCAGGGUGGAUUUGGAG